GUUUAUUAAAGAAAUGUCCACACACAUAAAGAGAGUCCAUGUCAACAUUUUGCUGUGCACAUCACUAGAUAUGAAGUAAGAGGCUGCUGAGUGAACUGAGAGGCGCCACAGUGUCACAAAAUAGCAGCACUGAGUUUUUUUCGGUCUCACACUCACAGUUUUGUUUCCUGUACAGCCAUCAGUCACAUUGCAUCAAAAACAUGGCUGUACGGAGAAAAGACAGCUUCCUCUGGGGAAAAGGUUCACCAAGCCUAGCCCCAGGAGAGAGGAGGGAUGGUGACACCUAUGGGAUUCACACAUUUCAAAUGCUGGAUGACAUUCAGAAGCUGAGGUUGGAAAUCAAUCACGUCAUGCCAGAUAUCCACAACCCCUUAAUGAAGGAGCAGAAUAAAAAUGUUGUGAGGAACAAGAGAUUCUUACGUGGGAAAAAGAAAUUCAACAUGAACCCAAACAAGGGUGUCCAUUACCUAGUGGAAAAUGAAUUGCUGGAAUGGCGAGCAGAGUCAGUGGCUGAGUUUCUUUACAAAGAGGAGGGACUGAACAAGACCGCCAUUGGCAACUUCUUGGGAGACAGGGAGGAAAUGCAUCUGCAGACACUGAAAGAGUUUGUGGGCCUGCAUGAAUUCUCCGACCUGAAUCUGGUGCAGGCGCUGAGACAGUUCCUCUGGAGCUUUCGUCUCCCGGGAGAAGCUCAGAAGAUUGACAGGAUGAUGGAGGCGUUUGCAACUCGCUACUGCGACUGUAACCCAGGGGUCUUUCAAUCCACGGACACAUGCUACAUCCUGUCUUUUGCCAUCAUCAUGCUCAACACAAGUCUCCACAACCCCAACGUGAAAGACAAACCCAAUCUGCAGCGAUUCAUUUCCAUGAACAGAGGAAUCAACCACGGAGAGGACCUGCCCACAGAACUGCUCACGAAACUGUAUGCGAGCAUCCGCAGCGAGCCAUUCAAAAUCCCUGAGGAUGAUGGGAACGACCUCACGCUGACGUUUUUUAAUCCAGACAGAGAAGGCUGGCUCCUUAAAAUGGGUGGGCGAGUUAAAACCUGGAAGAGGAGGUGGUUUAUUUUAACAGACAGCUGCUUGUACUACUUUGAAUACACCACAGAUAAAGACCCGAUAGGUAUUAUUCCUCUGGAGAACCUGUGCGUAAGGAGUCUACCAGACAACAACAAACAGUAUUGUCUGGAGUUAUAUAACCCUAAAGGACAAAAGAUCAAGGCCUGCAAGACGGAGAACAAAGGCAGAGUGGUGCAGGGCAAACAUCAGUCCUAUAAGCUGAGGGCCGCCGGAUCCGAAGAGCGGGACGCCUGGAUGGAUGCGAUCAGGACAUGCAUCACCAAAGAUCCGUUUUAUGACCUGGUUUCUCUGAGAAAGAGGAAGGUCACAGGCAACACUUCCUGAUGGGACUGAAACACAAGGCAUUGGAGGAAAAGUAUUUGAAUCCUGCAUGAUGUGUGAAUACAUUUAUCGAUGAAUCACCCUGUGAACUUGCCAAACGUGAAUAGCAAAGCAUUCUCAGAAAGGUUCAAAUUGGGAAGUAACAUUUGUUGAAGUGUAAAAUGUUGGUGAACUAUUUUCGGCUUGUGAUUUUGAGUCUUGACCUUACUUCUGCAAACUGCAUGCACUACUGCACAGACUUAAGGGAAUGCUAGUCCUACUGACAAACAUCUGCUACCAGAGAAGUGAUCGAAGGAAGGCUUGAUAGUGUCCUAAAAGUCAAACUGAACAGGCCUGAGCAGGUCCAUGGCCCCUACGACCCAAACUCUUCAUCAAGUGACCGUGAACUUCUAUUGCACAAAAUAAUCCAUAAAAUAUGUCCAAAACCAUAACAAAGCGAAGAGAACCAAGAAAAAACAUGGAAUACAACCAGGAUAAGAUGAAAGAUGACCUACAAAUAGAUAAAUGGUAAAUGGACUGUACUUAUAUAGCACUUUAUCCAGUCUUUACGACCCCUCAAAGCGCGUUACAUGCUACAAGUUGUUCACCCAUUCAUACAGAGCAGUGUACCUUGCUCUGGGAACUAACAUUCACACACCGUUGGCCAUGCCAUCGGGAGCAACUCAGGGUUAAGUAUCUUGCCCAAGGAUACAUCGACAUGUUGAAAGCACGGGCUGGGAUUUAACCCACAACCUUCUGAUUGAAAGACGACCGCACUCCCUCGCAGCCAGUCGCCCUUGAAAAUGGAAAACAUGGAAAACAUCCACUAAGAGACAACAAAUGACAAAAAGAAGACUCAAAGGGACAACACAGAGAUGUAAAGUGUAGGAAAUGGGAUGCGAGCGAUUCACAAUGUUUUAGACAAGAUUCAUAUUACUGCAAAGCAUUGUAAAAAGUCUACAAAUAUAUAUAAAACAAGCACAAAGACAACAGAUAAAAUAAAAUAAACGUACAAAAUAAGACACAAACAUAAUACAAAGAAAAAGCCAGUAGUCAUGUUGUCUUAAUAUCCUCUGGGCUAUUUGGAGUAACAAUUAUUUAUUAUUAUUGAUUGAAAUGUCUUUUUAUUUAGAAUAUUUAAACAUUUAUUAAACUGAAUCAACAAUCUUACUUUAUAUAAUGUACAGUUUUAUGAUGUAAAUAAAGUGCCUUCAAUUUGAGCUCUUGUUCAAAACGUUGAUUAAACGUUUUUCCACUUUUAUAACUUUACUUACUCAUCUAAACAUGAAAAUGAAUUAUCAUAAAUAUUUUUCUUUUACAAUAGAGGGCAUUAUUACUGAUACAUUGUUGUAUAUACAUUUAAAAAGCAGGUUGAACAAACUGAAAAGAUUCUGUCAUAUUAAAAAAAUUAACUUAUGAAUACUAUUUUUAAAUGGUCACUGUACAGUAUAUUUUAUUUAGCUUGAACAUGUUUUAUUAUGUUGUUAUAAUGUAAUGACUAUAUUGAUGGAGGAUUAAAACCCAUGUUGGAAAAUAAA